CAGAAACAUCGCUUCAAUUUGUAAUAUGGCCCCUCUCUACGGCGAACUGGGCCACGGUCUUCUCCACAUCCGCUGUCAGGAGGUGAGAUUGAAGCAUGGGCACCAAUGCCUCUGCUCUGGAGAAAGACAUCGGCCCAGAGCAGUUCCCAAUCAAUGAACACUACUUUGGUUUGGUCAAUUUUGGGAACACCUGCUAUUGUAACUCUGUGCUGCAAGCUCUCUACUUCUGCCGACCAUUUCGAGAGAAUGUACUUGCUUACAAGGCGCAGCAGAAGAAGAAGGAAAAUCUGUUGACAUGUCUAGCUGACCUCUUCCAUAGCAUCGCCACCCAGAAGAAAAAAGUCGGUGUGAUUCCUCCCAAGAAAUUUAUUUCCAGGUUACGUAAAGAGAAUGACUUGUUUGAUAACUACAUGCAACAAGAUGCACAUGAGUUUCUGAACUACCUGCUGAACACCAUCGCAGACAUCUUGCAGGAAGAGAAGAAGCAAGAGAAACAGAAUGGGAAAUUAAAGAAUGGAAAUGCGAAUGAAAUAGAAGAAAACAGUAAGCCCGAACCAACCUGGGUUCAUGAGAUCUUUCAAGGAACACUCACUAAUGAGACACGAUGCCUGAACUGUGAAACGGUUAGCAGCAAAGAUGAAGAUUUUCUGGAUCUUUCAGUUGACGUGGAACAGAACACAUCAAUUACACACUGCCUCAGAGAUUUCAGCAACACAGAAACGCUGUGCAGUGAACACAAGUAUUAUUGUGAAACAUGUUGCAGUAAACAGGAAGCUCAGAAAAGAAUGUGCGUGAAGAAGCUACCCAUGAUCCUUGCGCUACACUUGAAGAGGUUCAAAUACAUGGAACAAUUACAUCGAUACACAAAACUCUCUUAUCGAGUAGUGUUUCCACUGGAGCUGAGACUGUUUAAUACAUCAGGAGAUGCUAUUAAUUUGGACCGCAUGUAUGAUCUGGUGGCUGUUGUUGUUCACUGUGGCAGUGGCCCCAACCGUGGACACUACAUAACUAUUGUGAAAAGCCAUGGCUUCUGGCUUUUGUUUGAUGAUGAUAUUGUUGAGAAAAUUGAUGCUCAAGCUAUUGAAGAGUUCUAUGGUCUGACUUCGGACAUUUCAAAAAACUCAGAGUCUGGAUAUAUUUUAUUUUAUCAAUCAAGAGAGUAAAUUGUAAAGUACUGGCCUGAAUAAUCAGGUAGAUGAAUAGUUAGCUAGCCCAAAGUGUUCAGGCCAUUGCCAACUGAUGAUUAGGACAUAUAUUGUACUUUCAGGGCCGUUUUUAUAAGGCAUCAGAACAGGAAUUACGAUCAUACUCCAGGCAUUUGUAGGCUCCUGGCAAAUAUGUGGUCUUAUGAUAGAGUUCUGUAGGUCGGAGUAGCUUUGGCAAGGGAAUAUCCAGUCGAAAUACUAACAAAAGUAAUGCAAGUACGCAUGCAAGGCUGAAUAAGUCUUUUCCUAAUACAUGACAGUAAGCCAAUAGAUAUGGUAUUGUUCCAGAUUUUGCUCACUGAGGUGCAUUUUACUUUACUGAAUACAAAUGUGUUCAUUUCACUAAUAUCAGACCUUGAGGCAAUUUGUUUUCCCUCAUCCCCAGCCUCCUCCAAAACUAUGAUGAAGUGGAAAUUUGCCUGAUCUAAAAUGACUGCUAAUUCAUUGCAUUACGGAGCAGAAUUGAUUGUAUUCUGGUUGAUGUGUUUUUCUCCCAAUGAAAAUGUAAAUGCAAAUAUAAUUGCAUACUGCUUCAUAAUGUGAUUUGAUUUUUCAUGUUAAAGCCCUUUAAAGGCAGACUGGUACAUAGCGGGAAUAUUUCACAGAAAAUGAAUCUUGAUUAGUUUGAUUUAUUUAGAUUUUUCAGCAGUUAAAUGAUUACAUUUUCUGUCUUUUGCUUGUAUAAUAAGGUCCCGUCUACUGAAAGAUCAAGAUAGCAGGAUCAAAUUGUGGACAUGCAUUAUUUUAUCCUAAAGUGCAGUGAAAUCAUUUUCAAGCUAAAUUUGAACUUCAUGAGCAGUCACUUUUAAAUGCUGCAGAACCCUAUUUGGCUGUAUUUAAUUGUUUAGGUUUAUAUUCUAUAGAUGUCUUCCCAUUAUAGCUGAAUAGUGCUAAAGGAUCAUGUUGAUCGUUGCCAAUAAUCAGUAUGGCUUUUUGGGAUGUUAUCUAGUGUUUUGAUUUAAUCAUAUCAUAUUUAUGGGAAUACAAUAAAUGUAUAGAUGGUAUAGUAUGGCAUUACGCCAGAGAUUUGAGAAUUACAGUAUCUUAUCUUUGGCAAAGUGAGUAAACAUGUUGGAUGGCAUAUAUAACUUUUAAAAGGAUCAAAAAUUAUUUAACAAAAAUGCUUAGUCACAAAACUGAAGCCAAAUUCUGUACACAUUCAGUUGCAAACAUUGAUGGGUGCUUGAUACACUAGGUCAGUUUUAAAGUACAUAUUAAUCUCUUAUUUAAAUUAUGGCUCAUCAGAUUGAUUUGGUUUAUCCUGUACUAAUCAAUUUGUCAUCUAACAAUUAACACUUAGUUUGCAAAUUUGAGGCUCAUCUGUCUUUGGAUAUUUUUAACCUUACAUAACCUUACUGUUCUCUUAUUUACUUUGUUUCUAAGUUAACAUUCCUAAUUGUAAUCUGUAGCCUACAUCAGAUUGAUCUGGUAUAAAAGUAUUUUGUCUUGCUCACAAGAAAUCUUAAAUUUUGAAAGCAAACUGUUAUAUCUACUUCCUGUCUUCUCCCCCUCUAAAAAUUGUCUUGAUUUUGGUUAUUUAUGUUAUUCUUAUAAAUUAAUUUACUUACACUUAACGAUGAACCUCCAAAGUAAGGACUAACAUUUUUUAAAAGCAAUAUUCAAGGAAACUUAGUGGAAAGGAAAACUCCAACAGAUUCUUCCUUUGUUCAUCUUUUACAUGCAAAGAAGUGGAGUGCAGUGCAACAGCUGAAAGGCACCUAGGGUCAAUGUCCAUUAACAAUCUCUCUACGGCUUCUUUGUGCAACCUGUGCUUGUAAACUCAUUUUGUUUAUUCACCUUGGUUGCAUGUUUUAAAUUGUGCAGUUAUCGUCUUUACGGAAAUUUUGGCAAAUGUUGAUUUCAGUUAAGUUUAUAGGGAAUCUUGUUAUUGCUGAAAAUUUUCUGUGAUCAAAUUGUCCUUUUCAUGCGGGUUCCUACUUUUAAGAUCUAUUUUGUACAUUAGAUUUUUAUGACUGACACCUGUACCACUUGCUUAUAUUGCCUAGUAAUGUUGCACUAUUCCUAUAGUGCCAGCUUAAAACAAAAUGGUCUGUUCGACUGUCUUGAUUUGCUGAGGGAAAAAAUGCAUGGAGAUUAAAAUUAGGUCUCUUGAUCCUCCAUGCAGAGAGAUACAGUUGUUAUGUCAGCUUGCUAAUGCAAGCCCUGUACAUGUAGGAAGAUGUGAUUUGUUGCCCCUGGAACCUACCUAAAGGAUUCCUUGAAGCUGUUUCCUUAGGUUUAAAUGUUUUUCUGACUGCAUUGCAGGAUUUUUAUCAAUUACCCAGACAAUGUCUUUUCCAGCACUCGAGUAGAUAUGACAAGUUCCUUGCUAUCACUGGCCAAGACCGUUUGCUGUAUGAAUUAACCAAAGCUGGUUGGAUCUAUCCAUAGUUCUUUGACUUAAAUCAGAUGGGGCAGACCUUUAGCAAGUAAAAUGAUAAAAGAACAUUUGUGCUAUUUAUACUCAUUGUGUCCUAGUCUCAGUUUCUCUUGAUUUGGAACUCCCACACCCUUGCAGCGAGGCCUUGGUCAUGAAGAGUUUUGACUUUUAGCAGAGAUUCUAUCAUGAGUUUAGUGAAUUUUUUUAAGUUUAACUGUCUCUCCCUGUUUCAUCUGUUAGGAUUUUGACAAAGAUAAUCUGGCACAACUGAGAUCAGUUUGUCUUGGUCCCUCUUAAGCCUCAUAACUGCCUAACUUAAGAAUACUUUCUCUGGAUUCAGUUGUCAUUAACUUCCCUUUGGCUUACCAUAUUUAGACUAAAUAUGACAACAGCCAAAAGCAGACUGCAUAUGGUGAUCCUCAGAUGAACACUGUCUCAUCAGGUGGUUGGGUGAUGGAGAUCGUCUUGUGUCUGUGCCUUUCAUUUCAGAUGCUCCUCCCUUUUCCUGUUCCCAAAGAGUCAUGAAAGUCACUUAUUGGGAUUCACUUUGUUCAUUCAAGGAAAUUUUGAGUGUAGAAAUAUUUCUGGACCCAGGAAACUUCAGUUCUAUUUCGAAGAAGAUCCCUAUCCUCUCUGGAUUUAUGAAUAAUGAACUCCCUCAUGCUAAAGGAAAUGUUCAAGAAGCAAUCACAAAUGCUCUGAUAUUCCAGAUAUAUCGGUCAACCAGAAAUUAGCAAGUGGUUUAAAAUCGUCUUUAGGCACAUGUAUUAAAUGGAUGUUAGUUAGAUAAUAAUCCCAUUCCCAACACAGUCUCUCACCCCAGCAAAGAUUGUUGAUCUCACUGAAUUAGGGCAUAAAAUGGAAUUUGAAACAACCACAGACUGAAAACUGUGAAAUGAAAAUGAUGCAUGAAAACAAGAUCAAACUAUGUACCAUGUAAAGAAUAAAAGAGCCAGCAACAAGUCAAUAUGAGCCUGGAAAAAUGCCAGUGUAGUGACACUGAGCAAGGCAAAAACUUGCUUUCUAAUUUUAUUCAACAAUUUUGCAAUUAUAACUAGUCACGAUUAUCUUUGUUCAGCAUGUUUCAAGGAAGAUGCUUAUACGAUUAACUUUGCAUUGUGAAAUAAUGCAGCUGUUGAGAUUAGGAAAUGUAGCCUCUUCAAUCUAUUCCACCAUUGGGUUUGACCACAUCUGAUCUAUAUUUCAACUGUCUUUUUUCAUUUGCCUUGAUACCCUUAUCCAACAAAAAAGUUACUGCUCUGUCUUGAAAAUUUUGAUUGAUCUAGCACCCAUUAGCCUUUUUGGUGGUUGUGAGGCUGGGGGAUGGCAGGAUUGGAGAGCUCCUGACUUCCAUCUUCCGUUGUGUGAAAAAGUGCUUCCUGAUUUCGCUUCAGAAUGAAUGGUCUAACUCUAAUUCUAAGAUUAUGCCUCCUUGCUCUGGAUUCCCUCACUGGAAGUAAUAGUUUUACCUAUCUAUCUAGUCAAAUCCCUUUAUUGUUUUAUAAUCUUGAUUUUGAUAAUCCUUCAAUCUUUGAACCUCAAGGAGAUUUAUGUCCUCAUAGUUGAACCCUUUAAGCUCUGGUGAAUCCACAAUGCACUUGUCAUUCUGGGCUGCAUUUUACAUGCCCUUGCCAAGCGUGUUUUUGGUGUGUGGGCACGUAAAAUAGGGCGGGUGUUUAUCCCCUUAUUAUGGUGGGGUGGGAGUUGGGCGGGCGGUGAAAUUAGCAGCCUGCUGCCAUAUUUAAAUAGAUAAUCAAGGGUCAAUUAGGCUUUUUACAAAGUCAAUUGACCUUAAUAAUUCAGGGCCCAUGCCAUAAAACAUUUGGUGUGGGCAGUCGGGCAGGAAUGGGCAUCCCGAUUUUUUAAAAAAAAAAUAAUUUCUUCAAACUGCAGGAAGGGGGAGGUGUUCUGUCUUCAGGGACUGCCCUUUGCAGAUCGGGGAGGCAGCUCCCGCUACGAUGGAAUCCACCCCUUUCUUCCUUCUCACCUGCAGCCUUAAAGCCUCCUUGCCCAAGACUCUAGACUUACCUGUUUCUGGGGAUCCAUUGCUCUUUGUUGUUCCUGUUUGCAGUCCCAGUAGCACCCACUAACACACUCUUCGAGCUAGCAGUCAGCUCUCGAGGGCGGGAACUCCUCCUCAGUGAGGGGUGGAAAUCCCACUCGACCAUUGUUUAGUCCACCCGCAGCACUUUAUGGUUGCGGGCGGGCUGCGUGGAGCCCUCUGUCUCUGAUAGAUUCCAGUAACUUGCUCACAGCAGAUGUUAAACCUACAGGUUUGUACUUGCCUGGAUUUUCCCACCCUCCUUUACUGGAAUUAUAUUUGGAAUUUUCCAAUCAAAAGGCACAAUUUCUGGAUCUAGAGAGUUUUGGAAAGUUGUGACUGGUGCAUCUGAAAUUUCUCUUUUCAAUAUACUGAGCUACAAUGUCCUGAAACCAAUGGUUUCUAUCUGAAGCCCAAUUGUUUUCUCCAUUACUAUUAUUAAAAAAUGUUAGAUUAAAUCCACUGAGUUUCUCCCCUUGAUUUAUUUUCAGUUUGCCUUGCUCAGUUUGUAUUUUGACCUCUUCCUCCACUGUAUAACAGAUAUAAAGUACAAAUUUUAAUAAGUAGGUCAUUUCCAUAUUGUCCAUUAUAGUCUUUCCUGCGUCUAUCUGCGUCUAUUUUAAUAAGUAGGUCAUUUCCAUAUUGUCCAUUAUAGUCUUUCCUGCGUCUAUCUUAUUAAUAGGCCCAUAUUUCCCUUUACCACUCUUUUUCUUUUUAUAUAUUAACAAAAAUAUUUAUAGUUGCCUUUGACAUUCCAUGCAAGUGUUUUUUUCAUAUUCUCUUUCUCCCAUCUUUUUAUCCUCUUGCUGAUUUUUAUAGCUGUGUGGUGUUUUGGGUGUUGUAUAAGACUGUACAGUAUCCAGAAGCUAAUCUAUAAUCUAUUAGAAGGAACUUAUUGACAUUCUGUUACUGACACCAUAACUGUUGAGCACAAUCUUUCAAUGUUCAGCUGAUCUCCUAGUGCAGUAAGUUGCUUUGCUUUUAUAUCAAGAAGUGGUGGUGUUAAGCACAACAUUCUUAAAUAUCUUUUCACCUCCUCAUUGCAUGUCUCACCCGCAGUACAGUGCAGAAAUUGUUCUUGGGCCUUCCUAUUCUGAGCAUCAUUUAACCAUUCCAGUUCUUGUACAUUGGAAUGUACUGUUUCUGAUGCAGCACCAGAUAUGAUAUGGCAUAUCUGAACCUAUUUGAGGAUGCAGCUCCUGAGAGGCUAUGUUAUCCUCUGUGGUAUUGUCUCAAAACUUUAAAGUCAAGAAUGGAAAAGGUUUAUUCAUAGGAGUCAGGAUCACAAUGACAGCCGUUUUAGGUGUGACUUUUUGGUUAUCCUGUGAGUUGCUACUUAGUAGCUCUGCUUCAACAACUGUGGAGAGUUGGCAUAGUUAAUGUUGACAUCUCAUGCAAGAGGACAGAGAUUUAGAACGCAAACAUGCCUGCUUAUUUAGGUAAUAAUCCCAUGGCACUUGAAAAGCAGGAGUUCUCUCAAUAACAUGGCCAACAUAUUUUCCCUCAACCAAUACCGUAAAACAAGUGUCAGUUCAUCUCUUUGCUAACUGUGGAAUGUUGUAGGUACACAGAAAAUCUGCUGUUUUAGUUUAAGUAAGCUUAGUGCCCUCUUUUACUAUGGUGUGCUAUCAUUUUUCCAAGUAUUUUUAAUCAGAUUCAUUAUUGAGCACAAUAGUUGUCACAUUAGUAAAAGUCACUGAGUAAUCAUUUGUCCAACAACUAGUGUUCUUUGAUUUUAAUUCUAUAUUGGGUAAGCUUAUGCGAUAUACGUAAAUCAUUUCAAAUAUUUGUGCUCUCAGAUUUAAGACUGUGGCCGGAAUUUUCCAGUCCUGCCUGUAGCAAUUCUCGCCACGGCGGGCCCGGAAAAUUUGGAGAGCAGCCUGUUGACUUUGGGUGGGACCAGAAAAUCCCUCCCUGCUUCAUUCUUCAGCGCACUAUUGGUGAACUUAGCCUGGUUGAAGCACCAUGCCUUGAGAUGCAAGAAAAGUCAGUUAUAAUACUGUGAUUCUGAUUUUCCAUGGAGUUCCCCCGAUCUCAUGCUGCAAUUUCAGGAGAUCAGAGGAAGUCCUGAAGAAAUAGCCACAAUCGGCAAUGAUGCAAUUUCAGUGGGGAUUCAGUCAAACUUACAGCAAGAGAUCAGGAGACUGUGUGUACAAAUUCAAUGCCCAUAGCUUUUUAAUCUCUUGAAAGUUUCACUAACUUACCUCAGGAAAUUACUGUUGAAAUUGUACCAGUGAUAACAUAAGAUGCUCCAUUGAAUAGAGUUAUAAUUUUGAUGUGCACAUUGUGAUGUGCAUAAGGGAAAGGAUAGACAUUUUCCAGACAUGCAAUUGCUUCCUGUAGGAACAAAACUUGAGGCAAACUCAUGAUAAAGUGGAGAUCAGCAAAUUGGGUUGUAGAAUGUAUUUCCUCAUAUACCAUUUCCUUGCUGGUGAAAAAAAAUGAGAAUUUGAAUCUGUUUUACUUAUGCAUUAGUUACAUUGUUAGCUAAAAUAUGAUUUUUGUUUUCUUCACAAUAUCUGUAAGUUAACCAAUUGGAAUGGCUUGCACAUUUUUUACUAAUUGUAUUAAUUACACAAUUCAAACUACAAUUGCACUAGUCUGACACUGAACUGGUAUUUACAUUUAAGAGUUCAUGCCUGUUUAUAUUUUUCAGUUUUCUCUAAACAUUUGUGCAUGGAGGAUGAAAGAAUACUAAGCUAUGUAGUUUAUGGCCAUCACCUUUGUGUAGUUAUUUCUCCACAUACAAUGCCCCUUGGAUAUUGUGUACAUAUUUGUUAUCAUUUACAUUUACAAUCUGUCCUGAUGCUGUGUUUAAUUGGAAUUAAAGGUUGGAUCAGGAUGAGGUUUUGUAGUGGUUUGGGCUGAAAUUUCCAAGAAAGAUGGCUACACUGGUGCAAAGUUUGUAAAGGAAGAACAUCUGUUGAUGUUUCUACCCAGUUGAAUGACUGAAUAUUAAUUUGUAUUUGCCAAUUGAACAAUUUCAAAGAAUGAAGAAGAUUGUAUCUAUGGUGGAUAGUCUAAUAUUGGGCAAUGUAUGUUGUGUAAAUAUUUAGCUAUUGUCUGGUGAAGUAUAUGGAGCACUAAGGAUAUGCUGAAUCCUAAACAAUGUUAUGAAUUCCCUGCCAGCAAAUCAUUUGCACUAUUAACAUUUUGUAAAACAAAUAUUAUAAAUUGAUGAUGGCUCUUGCCAAAAGUUUUUCUCAGGUUCAGCUGAAAUGUCAGGUAACAUUGUGAAUAAACAAUGGGGUGGGGUGGGAAAAGAUGAAAUUUUGGCCACAUAUGGCAAUAAUGUGUCAAUCGAUUUAUGAUUCCAUUUCAUCAAUAUGAAUAACAAAAUAAUCGCAGAACAAUACUGUUCACUUCAUCUAUGUUCAAAAUAUUUCUGGUCUGUGUAGUCUUUACACUGCAAAAUAAGCUAAACUAAUUCAAGUAACUUUAAACUAAGGUACUGUAUUACAAGUUGAAGAAGGAUUUUCAGAAGUUGUUUACUAAAGUUUUGAGUGAAUCUACAAAUUAUUUCUGACCACUGGAUCUAUGGAGCAUCUAAAUUGCCUUUUUGAAACCUUUGUUUAUAGCCUUUAGGUGCUUUGUGAAUAUAUAUGCAGGGAUGUGGGAGGAUACUGAAGACUUUGAACCCUAGUUAAUUUUAACGUUGGUAUCUUGUAAUAUUUAUGCUCCCUACUUAUGCAGGCGUGCACAUACAAACACCCAGGAACACUGUUCAAGACAUAGGCCAUGUUUCCCUCAUUUGCAUGUAACUGACUUGUGCCUGUCUACAUAUUUACCAAAAAAUGGGCGUGAAAGGAGACAAAAAGCCUAGGCCCUAGGCUACUACCUUCAAAGGCAAUUUUGAUAUGGUUGAAAUUUGUACCUAUAUCUUCUGACCUACCUGUACUGGUGAAAUGUGUGCUUAUGUUUCAAAUUAUUUUGGUUAUGAUCAAAAUCUUGCCGGUUUUAAAAUAACAUUUGUUUUAUUGUACAUUCCAGCUACUGAUUAAUUACUAGACCUCACUGAAUCAAUCACAAAAGUUUUGCACUCAUCACUCAUAUUAGGCCUUCUGAUGCGAGGGCACUGGUAAACAGUGAUUUUCAGCUCUUUAUACAUCCAUUGCCUUCCCUUUAAUAAAAAGAUUUGUUUGACAAUUAAAUUGUUUGUUUUGAAUUAUGAGAAAUAAGGAAGCAAUUCAACUCAUUUAUCCUUCCAUCUUCCAUACUUAUAACUUUUCUGCCAGCAUUUCACCUUUGAGAUAUUUGGGUUUAAGUACAUUGUUGUGUUCAGCUGUUUGUGCCCGAAUACAGUUAAUGUUUGAUCUGAACAGUGUAUGUUUUCUUUUGAAUUCCCUUUUUAAAGUGUGGGCUGUUUUGCAAUUUAUUGUAUCUCUUUUGCUGUUGGAGCAUUAUGAUGUAACUCAUUUGUAAAAAUGGGCUAGUGCAAUUUGUGAAUGAAACAAGGCAAGGUGCACUUAGAGGGAACAAAGUGCUCAAAUUCAGUGCUGUCAGUCCAAGUAACUGUUUCAGCGUUUUUUAUCUGCAUCCCUACUAGCAAUAAUCUAGAAUUCUAUAUGCGGUGCCACUACUUGUAUAAUUGCCUUCCAGUCAACACACAUUGCAGUUUUUAAACUGUGUACACCUUUUGAGUGCUGAAGAAGGAUGCUGACUUUAAAAAAAAAUGAUCAAGUUGGCCAUUUACUGGCAAGGUACCUUAAUGUAUACACAUUUUAAUCAAUCUAUAAUACUGCUGAUAUUGUUGCAAUAACAAACUAAAUGUCACAAUGUAACUUUGACUUUUUUAUUGGCUGGUCAAUGAUGAUGCCUAUUAGCUUUAAAAUAUGUAACAUUAAAGAGCUGAGGUUAAUUCAGUAUGAUUUUUAUUAGCACAUCCCUGUGGGUGGUAUUCAGUGCACACUUUAGGUACCCUUUUAUGUCCUAGUUUGCACUCCUUGAUACAAAUAAAUGCUGCAAAAGUCAA